AUGGCCACAUCAUCCUCCAAGCCAGGCCCCUCGGGCACCGAGCCAAAGACGCCCGUCUACAUCCAGGAGGUGACGCCCGAAAUCACCACGUUCGACUACCCUUUCAGUCGAUUCGGCGUGCUGCCCAUUGGUGGGCGCAGCAUCGCAAUCAAGAUGCGUGAUGGGCGCCUAUGGGUCGUGCCAUCUACGCCGCUCGACCAACCUACCAAGGCCAAGAUCGACACCAUGGGCGAGGUGGCCUACCUGGUUGCGCCGGACAAUGUGCACCACCUCUUCCUCAAGGACUUCCAUGCGGCUUACCCAUCCGCCAAGGUGGUCGGCACUGAGGGUCACGAGGAGAAGCGACCGGACGUCAAGUUCACAGGCAUCUACGGUAGGGACCCGCCGUCGACACAAUACGGCUACGAGUCGGAACUGGUGCCGCAGUACUUCCCCACCUUUGCCAACCGGGACGUCGCCUUCUUGCACAAGGACAGCAAGACGCUCAUCACAGCCGACCUGCUAUUCAACCUGCCGUGCAAUCAGCAGUACCGCAACACGCCAGCAGGCAAAGCCACGUCGUGGAUCCCCGGCAUCAUCUGGUUUUCCAAGCUCUUCAACCCUUAUGCCAGCUUCCACAAGACAUUCUUGGCCAACGCGGGUGUUGCCAACGGCAUUCCUGGUGUGGCUGAUGGUGGCUCGAAGCAGGAAAAGCAGAAGAACUUUGCUGAGGCGGCUUCGACGGUGGCCAAGUGGGACUUCCGUCGCAUCAUCAUGCUUCACGGCGACAUUAUCGAGAAUCACGGGCAGGAGGCUUGGAAAGCGGCGUUCAGCAAGUAUAUUGAUGCGGAAGGCAACUCCAAGUUCAAGUCUUCGUAG